AUGGCUCCUCACGUUAUCGAGGGCAAUGGCCAGGCAAUUGAGCCAACAUCCAAGUCAAUUGCUGCGAAGGAUGUCCCAGUGACCACUCUCGAGUCUCCAAGCACAGUACAGAACCUAGCUCAGCUCCUAGCCAAAGCAGCCGCUUCUACAGCCGGGCUCACCUUCUACACCCCGGGAGCAGAAGUCUCCUGUGUUUCGUACGCCGAGCUUCAGAGCAGAGCCACGGAGAAAGCUCGGCUCUUGAGUCGAACCGAUGGCAUCUCCGCGUCUUCCAUCAUUCUCCUGCACUUUGAGAACCAUCAUGACACGAUUCUAUGGUUCUGGGCUGCCACAUUGACAGGCUUGCUUCCUGCCAUUUCAACCCCAUUCGUGCAUGAUCCCGCGCAGCGCAUGAAGCAUCUGCGUCAUCUUAAGACUCUUCUGCAGGAACCCGUCGUCCUCACCACAGAGCGGCUUGUCCCGGAUUUCCUGGACACGGAUGAGCUUCGUGUGCUUCCGGUCGAGGUACUAGACAAGGCUGCUAAUUCGGAUGGUCUAGCUGACCGUCUGCCACUCUGCGGAGCUGAGAAGCAAGCACAAGACCCAGCGGUUCUCAUGCUGACGUCUGGAAGUACUGGGAGCGCCAAGGCAGUUCCACUCCGCCAUGGCCAGCUUCUCACGGCAUUGCAAGGCAAGAAAGAACACCAUGGAACUGAGCCCGGUGAUGUAUUUCUCACCUGGGUUGGAUUGGACCAUGUUGCUAGUCUUUGUGAGAUUCAUCUGCAUGCAAUGAGUCUGGGCGCCGACCAAGUGCUCAUUCCAGCCUCAGAGCUGCUGCGCGAUCCAAUACGCUUUAUCCAGCUGCUCGACUCCCACAGUGUUGCCUACACAUUUGCGCCAAACUUCUUCUUGACGCAGGUGCGGGAUGCUCUUGCCGCCAACCCAUCCCUCCAAGCGGAUUUGUCUCAUCUCAAAAGCAUAAACUCUGGCGGCGAGGCCAACGUCGUCGCCACUAUUGAUGGAUUGACUCGAGAACUGCGUCGCUUUGCCAUCCAGCGCGAGGUGAUAAGUCCUGGCUUUGGUAUGACAGAGACAUGUGCCGGAUGCGUUCACGCGCGGGCAUCACCGUCCUACGAUCUAUCCAAGGGCCUCGAGUUCGCUUGUCUCGGACCAUGUACUCCCGGCAUCAAGAUGCGCGUGAUGGGCCCCAGGGCUAAAGAUGAACCCGCUGCGCCUGGUGAAGUUGGCGAGCUUCAGCUGUCCGGUCCUGCUGUGUUCACCGGAUACUUUAACAACCCGGAGGCCACAGCUGCCGCGUUCACGGAGGACGGGUGGUUCAUCACGGGCGAUCUCGCCUGGCUAGAUGACUCGGGGUAUCUGAACCUGGCGGGACGGACUAGAGACACUAUUAUCGUUAACGGAGUCAAAUGGAGUGCCACGGAGAUUGAAGUGACUAUCGAAGAAGAGAACAUCCCUGGGGUCGUGCCCUCGUAUACCGUGGCCUUUCCUUGCCGUGCUCCGGGCUCUGCUAGCGAGGAUAUUGCUGUUGUCUACUCCCCUGCCUAUGCUGCUGACGACGCCGCGGCGCGUUUCGAGACUGCCACGGCCAUCGCAAAGACCGUCGCACUCCUAACGGGGCGAAAACCUGCCCAUUUGAUUCCGCUGCCGGCGGAGAUGCUGGACAAGUCCUCACUGGGGAAGAUUUCGCGGACCAAGGUGCGGACCGGCUUCGAAAAGGGAGAGUAUGCACCUUUCGAGGAGGAAGACCUCAAGAUUGUCCAGAAAUAUCGCGAGUCCACGCAGCGAUCCGCCCAAACCGAGACCGAGAAACGAGUGCAAAACACUAUAGCAGGACUACUCAAGAUCCCCAUCGAAGACAUCAACGUGGACAUGUCAAUCUUCGAUCUCGGAAUCACCUCGUUCAACCUGAUUCUCCUCAAAGCGAUGAUUCAAGAAGCCGUCGACGCACCCCUAGAGAUUCCCAUGUCUGUUCUGAUGACCAAUCCCACAACAUCCGCCAUCUCCGCCUCCAUCGACAAACUCCUCUCCCAACCGCCAACCUACAACCCCAUCGUGCCGCUGCAACCCCACGGCACCAAAAUCCCCCUCUUCCUCAUCCACCCCGGCAGCGGAGACAUUCUCGUCUUCAUCGCUUUAGCAGCCCAAUUCCCCACCCGACCCGUCUACGCCCUCCGCACCCGCGGCUACAACACCAACGAACGCUUCUUCCACUCCAUCCAAGAAACCGCCGACACCUACGCCCACUACAUCCGGCAGACCCAGCCUGAAGGCCCCUACGCCAUAGCAGGCUACUCGCUUGGCUCGACUCUCGCCUUCGAAGUGGGCAAAGUGCUCGAAUCCCAGGGCCAAGAAGUCCGUUUCUUAGCAAGUAUCGACUACCCGCCGCAUAUCCGGCAGUACGUGCGCGGACAGAACUGGAUUGAUGUGUUGCUUCAUAUAGCCUUCUUCCUGGAGCUUAUUGAUUUAGAAGUGAUGGGUGAGGCUGGAGUCUACCUCCAUAGUCUGGAAAAAGACAAAGGAGGGGAGGGGGUAUCUCGCUACGAUGCCCUCGUUCACGUUCUAAAUAUCUCUGAUAAGGAGAGAGUGCGUGCACUAGCUCUCAAUCCCGAGAGAUUCGAACGGAUCACGGACAUCGGAGAGAACUUCCGGGUCCAUGGCGAGACGUAUGAGCCGCAGGGAACAGUGGAGACAUUAGAUGUAUUUGUGGCGGAUCCGCCGAGUUACGCGGCAUUGAAUAGACAAGAUUGGGAGGAGAAUAAGCUAGGGGCGUGGAGGGAGUUUGCACGCACUGAAGUCGGGUUUUACAAUUGUCCCGGGAUUCAUGCUACCAUGUUGAAUCCGGUGCAUGUGCCGGAGUUUGUGAGGGGGUUUAAGUUGGCGAUGAAGAGAAGGGGGGUUUAG